GAGUGUGUGUGUACCUAUCACUUUAUCUUCAUCCUGCAGCCUUGAAGUGUGAUCAGGUCUUAAAUGUGUGUGUCUCCUCUUUCUCUUUCGGCUGUCCAGAACACACAGACACCAUGGCAAAGAUAGUGGACCGGCAACCCCAGUCUGUCCCUCUCAACCAGUGGAGCUCAGGCAUCUGUGACUUCUGCGAAAACGUACCUGAGUGUUGUUUCUCGUUCUGGUGCCUGCCUUGUUUUGCCUGCCACACAGCCAAGAAGCAUGGCGAGUGUUUGUGUUUACCACUGCUCGAGUUUGGCUUCGUUCCACCAGUAACCUUAGCAAUGAGGACAUCAGUGCGCGAGCGCUACCACAUUGAGGGAUCUAUCUGUAAUGACUGUGUCUAUUCAUUCUUCUGCUGUCCCUGCGUCUGGUGCCAAAUGUCACGAGAGAUGAACAUACGUGGUACGGAACCGGUCACGUUCGUCAACAGACGAGCAAAAUAAAGACCCUCCUUCAUCAUCGCCAUCAUCGUCGUCAUUAUAAUACCCAUGAUACUCAAAACCCUUUAAUACCCUCAAUUAGAAAUUACAAUUUUUUUUAUUAUAUAUAGUUAUACAGUAAUUACAGAAUAAACAAUAUCAAAUGCUUUGGAAAUAUAUCUCAGUACAAACAAUGCAACUGUAAUAGCAGAGACAUUUUAUUAGGAACAUGUAUGGACCCAAAAUAUAACCACUAGAGGGAGCUGUCCUCAUUGUAAUGUAGAGCCAGACUCAUGGAGUAGCUGUAGUAAUAUCCUUUCACCUGACGAGGGCAGCAUGACACUAAUAAACAUCACCUCAGCUAAUCAGCACUACUGUACUUUAAAAGAAAGAGAAGAGUUAAUUUUAUAUAAAUGCAUGUUUAAGGUUUAAGCAUGGAUUUCCACUGUGAAAUGAGUCUGUACAUCAAAUAACAUCGGGGUUAUUAAAAGAAAUGUACGAUGAA